AUGCCACCUUUGCGUUGCGAACUACUCACCACGGCAUGCUGGGUGCCUCGCCAGCCCAAGCCACCUUUGGUCGUGACAUGCUCUUCGACAGCUCACGCAACGGACUGGGAGGAACAAUACCAGCGCAAAGUAGAGCAAGUGACCAAGAACAACAAGCGCGAAAAUGACAAGCGACGCAACUGGACCUACGCACCCGGAGACAAGGUGCUGUUGCGAAACGAUGCAGGACCACAGGCCAAAAUGGCGCCGCUAUUCAGUGGACCCCCCCCCCCCAACGUUGUAGCGGUGCGCACAAACGGUACAAAUUGA